AUGCGUGGGAUGGUGGUCAACUUACCCAAAAAGAAUUUGAAUACCAGUAGAAGAAAUAGCUGUUGCAACCCGAUCACUAGCGAUACUCACAGCUUCACUAAAGGAAGAUCUUCACACGAUGAAGAUGAUAGAUAUUCUGACAAGGACCAAUCUUCUUGUUUGAAUUCAAGAAAUUCGACAAAAACGAUUCCGAAGAAGAAGAGCGACAGCAAACGAAGUCAAAGUUUUGAACACAGUACUACAAAAUGUGGGAACAAAGAUUGCAAUACAACGUCAAAAAGUGAUACAAACAUUCCCUACUUGCAAGAUCUGUUGAUUCAGUUCGACAAUGCCAGACACAAGUUGAACACGGCAGUCAAACUUGCCACCACCACUUUGGAGCAUUACACGUCCAGGGAUUCCAAGGAUAGUAUUGAUGGAAGUUGCUCAAAUGACAACAGUACUUGCUCGAAGUGGAGAAAUAGUACCCGCGUAGACCAAGACAAUUAUACAAGAAACAUUGGGAAUACCUCAAUGAACAGACAGCCGCCAGUCCUUGAUACGCUGUAUUCCAAGAAAUCUGACAUGAGUAGAAGCAGCAGUAGAAUGAUGGCUAGCAAGAAAGCUGAGGAGCUGCAAAGUACCCUCAAUUCUCUGCUGGAAGGGAGUUUAACAGAGACGUCGCAUUUCGACCACGAUAUCUCAGCUAUACCCAAAUGCUGCAAAGAAUCGAAAAGUUCGAACUCUUUGAAGUUUGCCAGAUCCACAUUAUCUGCUCAUUCAAGGGAUUAAAACAUUAUAGGAACUGUAAAUAAUAAAACUCUAAUAAACAUAACUUUAUUUUG